AGCAGCAUUAUCCUGGGAUCCCAAAACAAAUCCCCAAUGCCUGCUCAGUCACUACCCAUGCACACCAAACCCCCUGCAAUGCAUUGCACACUCGUACACAAAUAGUCAGAUAUCUAAAAUGGCCACAGUAUAAAUAGCCUGGCACCCUGAGCAGCAGCGGGGGGGUGUAUGGAUGGGGUGCUGCUGAUGAUUGUGUAAGCUCCCACUGCACCGGGUGCCUCCCACAUAAAUAACACAUCGAAAACAGGAAGACAUCGAAAGACACCAGACCCACAGACCCCCGUUAAAGUUCAGCAGAGGAGAACAGGCAGGCAGCUCACGCUACGGUACGGUGGGGUAAAAUUGUUGACCACCUCCUGAGCACCUUAUUUUACACCCAUGUCGACUCCUCCAGAGGAGACCCCCUCCCAGCCUGGGGCAGAGGAGGCCCAGGAGGAGGGUGGCCACCAGUGUCCCGGGUGCCAGGGCCCAGACACCCUGCUGCUCCCGUGUGGGCACCGCCUGUGCCAGAACUGCCUGACCCUGAGUCAGGAGGAGCUGGGGCCGGAGCAGCCGGGCUCGGGCUGCACCGAAUGCUACGGCCGCGAGCUGCUCAACACGGUGCUGAAGGGGCUACUGGACUCACUCUUCGACGGGCAGAGCAGGCGGCCGCGAGCCCUGGGGCCCAACGGACUGGAGGAGGAGGAGAAGAAGGUUGGGGAAGGGGAGGGGGAGGACAGGGAGGUGUGCCCUGAGCACGGGGAGAGGAUGCUGCUGUUCUGCACUGAGGACGAGGAGCUGGUGUGUGAGGAGUGCGUAAGUGAGGAGCACGAAGAUCACGUCACGUGCUCCCCAGAGGAGGCCGUGGAGGACUGUAAGAGAGAGCUGCGUUCUACACUGAGGUCCUUCAAAGAUAAGCUGAGGGGUUUAAAUGAUGUGAAGGAGACCUGUGACAACACAACGGAACACAUCAAAAAGCAGUCCCAGCACGCAGAGCGUCUGGUGAAAGCAGAGUUUGAGAAGCUGCACCAGUUCCUGCGUGAGGAGGAGGCGUCCGUGAUGAGCUCCCUGAAGGACGAGGAGGACCAGAAGAGCCGCAAGACGAAGGACACCGCGGACAAGCUGUCAGGAGACAUCGCCUCGCUCAUGGACACCAUCAGCGCCAUAGAGGAGGCCAUGGACACGGACGACAUGCUCUUUCUAAAGAACUACAAGAAGAUAUCAGAAAGAGCUCAGUACACAGUGUCUGACCCACCGGACAUGACAGAAUCACUGAUUGAUGUCGCCAGUCACGUGGGGUGUCUCAGAUACAAAGUCUGGGACAAGAUGCAAAGUGUUGCACAGUACUGCCCCGUGACCUUUGACCCCAACACGGCUGAUGGCUGCAUGACGGUGUCGGACGACCUGCUCACCGUACGCUACACGGAGGACUACCAGGAGCAGGAGCAGCAGCUGCCGGACAACCCUGAGCGCUUCAGCAGCGACUACAGGUGUGUGCUGGGCUCGGAGGGCAUCUGCUCUGGGUGUCACCUGUGGGACGUGGACGUGAGCGACUGCUCCGAGUGGACCCUGGGCGUCGCCAACGAUAGCGUCCAGCGCAAGGAGUGGUUCCCGGCCAGCCCCGAGCGCGGCCUGUGGACCAUCUCGCUAUGCGCCGGGCAGUACCGCGCCUGCACCACCGCCAACACUCCACUCACGCUCAAGAAGAAGCCCCAGAAGGUGCGCGUGCAAGUGGACUACGAGAGGGGCAGGGUGACCUUCUCCGACCACAGUGACAAUACCCUGCUCUACAGGUUCAAACACAAGUUCACCGAGAUGGUGUUGCCAUUCUUCUCCAUCGGCUGCAACCGCUACCCGCUGCGCAUCUGCACGGGGAAGGUGACCGUCAUCACUGACUAAAACCUGUGUCCGAGUGCUUCGCAGGGGUGUCAAACAUACCCUUACAAAAAUCGACCAUGGUAAAUCAUAAGAAAGGUUUGGCAAUUAUUUUUUUUUACUAUGGUUCAACUAUGGUUUUACUAUACCCUUAUGAAAAUUAACCAUGGUUUAUUAUUCAUUAAAUUACACUUAGCUGAUGCUUUUUCAACCAAAGUGCAUAUUGGUGACAGUCCUUGGAGCAAUGUGGGGUUAGGUGCCUUGCUCAAGGGCACUUCAAGAUGGAGGGGUAGGGAGAGGUAAGGGUAGGAUUUGAACCUGCUACUAUGUGAUCUUCAGUCCAACUCACUAACCAUUACUCCACGGCUGCCCACAAGUUAUUCAAGGUUUUCAUGUUUUUUGAGUAUGGUUACUAUGGUUACUACAGUAAAACCAUGGUC